AUGAACAUCCGCUGCGCCAAACCGGAGGACUUGAUGACCAUGCAGCACUGCAAUCUGCUUUGCCUGCCCGAGAACUACCAGAUGAAGUACUACUUCUACCAUGGUCUCACCUGGCCGCAGCUUAGCUAUGUCGCCGAGGACGAUAAGGGCAGCAUUGUGGGCUAUGUCCUGGCCAAAAUGGAGGAACCGGAACCGAACGAAGAGAGUCGUCAUGGGCACAUCACCUCGCUGGCGGUAAAGCGUUCCUAUCGGCGAUUGGGUCUGGCGCAGAAACUCAUGAAUCAGGCCUCGCAGGCCAUGGUAGAGUGCUUUAAUGCUCAGUACGUCUCGCUGCAUGUUAGAAAGAGCAAUCGGGCUGCCUUGAACCUCUACACGAACGCCCUCAAGUUCAAGAUCAUCGAGGUUGAGCCGAAAUACUAUGCCGAUGGCGAGGAUGCCUAUGCCAUGCGACGCGACCUCAGCGAGUUUGCCGACGAGGAUCAGGCCAAGGCUUCGAAGCAGUCGGGCGACGAAGAAGGCAAGGUUGCCUACCGAGCCAGCGGACAUGGCCACUCGCACAACCACAGCGGUCACGACGGACAUUGUUGCUGAACCAAAUCCCUUUGAGCGCACGCGGGUUUCGACGUUUUAUUGCAUUUUUAUGCAUUAGGGUUUUGUAAUUAAUUAACAUAUAAAACGUAACUAAAAUUAAAAAAAAAUUAAUGACAAAAAA